AUGGGUGCGCCCAGGCCCACGCUGCCGCUGCUGCUGCUGCUGCUGACCGCUGCCAUCGGCCGGGCCCAGGACGAAGUGCUGGAAGGCGUCAGCCCGAGCUGCUCAAAAGAUGCCACUCGAUUCAAGCACUUCCGGAAGUACCUCUACAACUAUGAGGUGGAGAGUUCCAGUGGGGUCCCCGGGACUGCAGAUUCAAGAAGCACCACCAGGAUCAACUGCAAGGUCGAGCUGGAGGUGCCCCACCUCUGCAGCUUCAUCCUGAGGACGAGCCAGUGCAUGCUGCGAGAGGUGUAUGCCUUCAGUCCUGAGGGCAAGGCCCUGCUGAGGAAGACGAAGACCUCUGAGGAGUUUGCUGCAGCCAUGGCCAGGCACGAGCUCAGGCUGACUGCUGUGGAGGGGAAGCAAGUGUCCCUUUACCCGGAGGCUGAUGAGCCCAAGCACAUCCUGAACAUCAAGAGGGGUAUCAUCUCUGCCCUCCUAGCCCCCCUGGAGACAAACAUGGACACGCAAGAGUUGUUUCUGGAUACCGUGUAUGGAAACUGCUCCACCCACGUUACUGUGAAGACAAAGAAAGGAAAUGUGGUGACUGAGAUGUCCACAGAGAGGAACCUUCAGCAGUGUGAGGGCUUCCAGCCCGUGAGCUCCGGUGUCAGCCCCCUGGCCCUCAUCAAAGGCAUGGCCCGCCCCUUGUCAACUCUGAUCAGCAGCAACCAGUCCUGCCAGUACACCCUGGAUGCCAGGGGCAAGCAUGUGUCAGAAGCCACCUGUAAGGAGCAGCACCUGUUUCUGCCUUUCUCCUACAAGAAUAAGUAUGGGAUGAUGGUGCAUAUUACACAGUCUUUGAAACUUGAAGACAUACCUAAGAUCAACAACCGCAUCUUUAUUGAAGGCACACAGAGGGUGGGUCUGGCCUUUGAGAAUACCAAAGCCACAUCACCACCAAAGCAGGCUGAGGCUGUGCUCAAGACUCUCCAGGAACUGAGAAAGCUGUCCAUUUCUGAGCAGAAUGCCCAGAGAGCAAAGUUCUUCAAUAAGCUUGUUACUGAGCUGAGAGGCCUCAGCAGCGAGGCAGUCGCCUCCCUCUUGCCACAGCUGGUCCGGGUAUCCAGCCCCAUCACGUUGCAAGCCUUGGUUCAGUGCGGACAGCCCCAGUGUUACACUCACAUUCUCCAGUGGCUAAAAAGUGAGGGAGGCAACCCACUGCUGAUAGACAUUGCUACCUACCUACUGGCCUUGAUCCCAGAUCCCUCAGAGCACAGGCUACAGGAGAUCUUCAAUACGACCAAGGAACAGCAGAGCCGGGCUACCUUUUAUGCACUGAGCCGAGUGGUCAACAGCUAUUACGAAGCCCACAGAGUGACCCAGGACCUGCAGGACAUUGCUGAUUACCUGGUGGAACAGAUUGGUACUGAGUGUGACAGGGAUGAAGACCACACCUACUUGAUUCUGAGGGCCAUUGGAAAUAUGGGCAAAACCAUGGAGCAGGUAACACCAACAGUCAAAUCUGCAGUCCUAAAAUGCAUCCAGAGCACAAGGCAAUCGCUGCUGAUUCAGAAAGCUGCCAUCCAGGCCCUGAGGAAGAUGGAGAUUACAGACGAGGUCCAGGGCAUCCUUCUUCAGGCUUUGCUCGAUUAUACUUCCCCAACGGACAAGCGACUGGCUGCCUACCUCAUGUUGAUUAGGGAGGCAUCCCAAUCAGCUAUUAACCAAAUUGCCCAACUUCUCCCAGGGGAAAAGAAUGAGCAAGUGAAAAACUUUGUUGCUUCCCACCUUGCCAAUAUCUUAAACUCAGAAGAACCACACAUCCAAGAUCUGAAAGAUUUAGUGAAAGCAGCUCUCGAAGGAUCUCAGCUUCCAAGUAUCAUGGACUUCAGAAAAUUUUCCCGGAACUAUCAACUUUCCAAAUCUGUUUCCCUUCCAUCAUUUGACCCAGUCUCAGCCAAAAUUGAAGCAAAUCUGAUAUUCGAUUCUGAUAAUUACAUUCCUAAAGAAAGCAUGCUGAAAACAACCCUCAGUGUCUUUGGAUUUGCUCCAGCUGACCUCUUUGAGAUUGGCUUAGAAGGAAAAGGAUUUGAGCCCACACUAGAAGCUUUUUUUGGAAAGCAAGGAUUUUUCCCAGACAAUGUCAAUAAGGCUUUGUAUUGGGUUGAUGGUCGAGUUCCUGAUAUUUUUUCCAAAGUCUUGAGGGACUACUUUGGCUACACCAAGGAAGAUAAACGUGAGCAGGACAUGGUAAAUGGAAUUAUGCACAGUUUUGACAAGCUGCUCAGAGACUUAAACUCCAAAGAAGUCCCCGAAGCCAGAGCUUACCUGCGUAUCCUGGGAGAGGAGCUUGGCUUUGUCAAAUUCCAAGACCUCCAGCUCCUACGAAAUCUGUUGCUGAAUGGUGCUCGCACUCUGCAGGGGAUCCCCAAAAUGAUUGCAGAGGCCAUAAUGAAAGGGUCAAAGGAUGACUGGUUCCUUCACUACAUCUUCAUGGACAAUGCCUUUGAGCUCCCCACUGGAGUCGGGUUACAACUGCAAGUAUCCUCCUCUGGAGUCAUCACUCCUGGAACCAAGGCUGGAAUGAAAUUGGACGUAAGCCAUAUGCAGGCCGAGCUGGUGGUGAAGCCCUCUGUGUCUGUGGAGUUUGUGACCAACAUGGGCAUCAUCAUUCCGGACUUUGCCAGGAGCGGCAUCCAGAUGAACACCAACUUCUUCCAUGAGUCAGGCCUGGAAGCUCGUGUUGCCCUAAAGGCUGGGCAGCUGAAGUUCAUCAUUCCUUCCCCAAAGGGGCCAGUGAAGCUGUUCAGUGCCAGCAACACAUUGCACUUGGUUUCCACCACCAAAACAGAAGUGAUUCCACCUCCGAGUGAGAACAGGCAGUCCUGGUCAACCUGCAGGCCUUUCUUCACUGGUCUGAACUACUGCAUCAUGGGUGCUUACCCUAACGCCAGCUCCACAGAUUCUGCCUCCUAUUACCCACUGACAGGAGACACCAGAUUUGAGCUGGAAUUGGCACCUACUGGAGAAGUAGAGCAGUAUUCUGCCAGUGCAACGUAUGAACUCAAGGGAGAUGACGCCGCUUUGGUGGAUACACUGACAUUUGUAACUCAGGCAGAAGGUGUGAAGCCGACUGAGGCUAUCAUGAUGUUCAAAUACUACCGGCAAAGUAGGACUUUGUCCAGUGCCAUCCAAAUUCCAGAUUUUAACGUUGACCUUGGGACAAUCCUCAGACUUAACAAUGAGUCUGAGAAGGACAAAAAAUCCUACAAACUCACCUUGGACUUUCAGAACAAGAAAAUCACUGAGGUCACCCUCAUGGGCCACAUGAGUUGUGAUAUGAGGGGAGAAGGCAAAAUCAAAGGUGUCAUUUCCAUACCGCGCCUACAAGCAGAAGCCAGAAGUGAGAUCCUCACCCACUGGUCUCAAGCAAAACUGCUCCUCCAGAUGGACUCAUCUGCUACUGCUUAUGGCUCAACACUUUCCAAGAGGGUGGCAUGGCGCUACGAUAAUGAAAAGAUUGAAUUUGAAUGGAAUGCUGGCACCAAUGUGGACACCAAAAAAUUGGCUUCCAAUUUCCCUGUAGAUCUGUCUGAUUAUCCUAGCAGUUUGCGUGUGUAUGCCAAUAGUCUUUUGGAUUACAGAGUUCCUCAAACAGACAUGACCUUCCGGCACGUGGGUUCCAAAUUAAUACGUGCUACAAACACCUGGCUUCAAAAGGCAUCCCAGAGUCUUCCUUAUGCCCAGACUUUGCAGUAUCACCUCAGUGCCCUCCAGGAAUUGAACCUCCAGAAACUGGGAUUGCCAGACUUUCAUAUCCCAGAAAACCUCUUCUUAAAAAGUGACGGCCGGGUCAAAUACACCUUGAACAAGAACGUCAUGAUAAUUGAUAUUCCUUUGCCUCUUGGUGGCAAAUCCUCCAAAGAUCUAAAGAUGUUGGAGACCAUAAGGACACCAGCCCUCAACUUCCAUCCUGUGGGAUUCUAUCUGCCACCUAAGGAGUUUCAAGUCCCCACUUUUACCAUUCCCAAGUUGUAUCAACUUCGAGUGCCUCUCCUCGGUGUUCUAGACCUCUCCACAAAUAUCUACAGCAAUGUGUACAACUGGUCUGCCAGCUACACGGGUGGAAAUACCAGUGCGGAACACUUUCGCCUUCAGGCUCGGUACCAUGUGAAGGCUGACUCUGUUGUUGAUCUGUUUUCCUACAGUGUGCAAGGUUCUGGAGAAACAACGUAUGACCAUAGGAAUACAUUUACAUUAUCAUGUGACGGAGCUCUACGCCACAAAUUUCUGCAUUCCAACUUCAAAUUCAGUCACGUAGAAAAAGUGGGAGGCAACCCAGCCUCGAAAGGUUUCCUAACAUUUGAUGCAUCCAGUGCCUUGGGACCACAAAUGUCUGCCUCGAUCUACUUGGACUCAAAGAAGAAACAGCAUUUAUACAUCCGAGAAGUCAAAAUGGACGGGCAAUUCAGAGCCUCUUCGUUUUAUGCCAAAGGCAUGUAUGGCUUGUCUUGUCGGAAGGAUUUGACCACUGGCUGGCUGAGUGGAGAGUCCAAUUUGAAGUUCAACUCCUCCUACUUUGAGGGCACCAACCAGAUAAUAGGAAGGUAUGAAGAUGGAGCCCUCUCUCUCACCUCCACUUCUGAUCUUCAAGGGGGCAUCUUCAAAAACAGUGCUUCUCUGAAAUAUGAAAACUACGAGUUAACUCUGAAAUCUGAUGCCAAUGGCAAGUAUGAGGACUUUGCCACUUCCAAUAAAUUGGAUCUGAUUUUAUCAAAAGAAAAUGCAUUGCUACGUGCUGAGUAUCAGGCCGAUUACAAGUCCCUGCGGUUCUUCGCCCUGCUUUCUGGAUUGCUGAACUCCCAUGUUCUUGAAUUAAAUGCAGAUAUAUUGGGCACUGACAAAAUUAAUACUGCUGCUCACAAGGCAACAUUAAGGAUUGGCCAAAAUGGAAUAUCUACCAGUGCAACGACCAGUCUGAGGUACAGUCCCCUGAUGCUGGAGAGUGAGCUGAAUGCAGAACUUGCCCUCUCAGGAGCAUCUGGGAAGUUAAUAACAAAUGGCCGCUUCAAGGAACACAAUGCAAAAUUCAGCCUGGACGGGAAAGCCUCCCUGACAGAAGUAUCCCUGGGAAGUGCGUAUCAGGCCAUGAUUCUGGGUGCCGACAGCAAGAAUGUUUUCAAUUUCAAAAUCAGUCAAGAGGGACUUAAGCUUUCCAAUGACAUGAUGGGUUCCUAUGCUGGAAUGAAAUUUGACUACACAAAUAAUCUGAACAUUGCAGGCUUAUCACUGGAUUUAUCUUCAAAAGCUGACAACAUUUAUAGUUCUGACAAGUUCUAUAAACAAAAUUUCAAUUUCCAGCUGCAGCCCUAUUCUCUUGUAACUACCUUAAACAGUGACUUGAAAUACAGUGCUUUUGGUCUGACCAGCAGUGGGAAGUUACGGCUGGAACCCCUGAAGCUGAACAUGGCUGGUGACCUAAAGGGAGUCUACCACAAUGACGAGAUCAAACACGGCUACAUCAUUUCUUACGCUGACUUGUCUGCGAGUUAUAAAGCAGAAACUGUGGCAAAAGUUCAGGAUGUGAGAUUUAACCAUCGGAUCAACACAGACAUUGGUUGGCUGGUUUCAUCUGUUGACAUCAGUACAAAUUAUAAUUCAGAGUCCCUCCAUUUCAACAACAUUUUCCGCUCUGUAAUGGGCCCAUUUAGCUUAACCAUUGAUUCACUUACAAAUGGCAAUGGGAAACUGGUUCUAUGGGGAGAGCAUAUUGGAAAGCUAUAUAGCAAGUUCGUGUUGAAAGCAGAACCUCUGGCUUUCACUUUCUCUCAUGACUACCAAGGAUCUUUAAGGCAUCAUCUCUUGACCAGGGGAAUUGUCAGUACCACCUUUGACCACAAAGUCAAUGCCCUGCUUUCUCCAGCUGAGCAGAAAGGCACCUGGAAACUUAGGACUCAAAUAAACAACAAUGAGUACAGCCAGGACUUUGAGGCUUACAACAACAAAGACAAAAUCGGUGUGGAGCUUAAAGGAGGAGCUCUGGUUGACCUGAUGAUGCUAGACUACCCAAUUGAAGUGCCACUUCUACUCAGGGAGCCCAUCAACGUUAUUGAUGCCUUAGAGCUGAGACAUGCUAUUGACCAGCCCCAAGAAUUCACAAUUGUAUAUUUUAUAAAGUAUGAUAAGAACCAAGAUGUCCAUACUAUCAACCUCCCUUUCUUGAAUAGCCUGCUGGAAUACUUUGAGAGGAAUCGCAUGCUGUUGGUUACAGCACUGGAAACCAUACAGAGAGAACUGAAAGGCAUCAAUGUUGAUCAGUUUGUGAGGAGCUAUAGAGCAACCCUGGGCAAACUCCCACAGCAAGCUAAUGACUAUCUGAAUGCACUCAAUUGGGAGAAACAAGUUUUAAGUGCCAAGGAAAAGCUAACUGCCUUCACAAAAAAUUAUAAACUUACAGAUCAUGAUCUACAAAGUGCAUUGGAUAAUGCUAAAAUCAACUUAAAUGAAAAACUGUCUCAAUUGCAGACAUACGUGAUACAAUUUGAUCAGUAUAUUAAAGAUAAUUAUGAUCUACGUGAUUUUAAAAUAGCUAUAGCUAAGAUUAUAGAUCAAAUCAUUGAAAAAUUAAAAAUUCUUGAUGAACAUUAUCAUUUACGUGUAUAUUUAGUUAAAUCAAUCCACAAUCUGUACUUGCUCAUUGAAAAUAUUGAUCUUAACAAAACUGAAAGCAGUGCUGCAUCUUGGAUUCAAAAUGUGGAUACCAAGUAUCAAAUCAGAAUCUGGAUACAAGAAACAUUGCAACAGCUUGAAACACAGAUUCAGAAUGUAGACAUCCCACAUCUGGCUGGGAAACUGAAACAACAGAUUGAAGCUCUUGAUGUCACAGUGCUUUUAGCUCAAUUGAGAACUACAAUUCCAUUUCACAAAAUAAGGGACAUUAUUGAAUAUGUCAAAUAUUUUGUUAUAAAUCUUAUUGAAAAUUUUGAAAUAACUGAAAAUGUCAAGGCUUUGAGAGCGACAGUUCUUGAGUUGAUUAAGAAAUAUGAAGUAAACCAACAAAUCAAAGAAAUAGUAGAUAGAUUGGUGGAGCUGGCCCACCAAUACAAGUUGAACGAGACUAUUCAGAAACUAAGCAAUGUCUUACAAGGAGUAGAGAUACAAGAUUACUUUGAGAAGUUGGUUGGGUUUAUGGAUGAUGCUGUCAUACAGCUUAAAGCAUUGACUUUUGAAAAAUUAAUUGAAGAAGUAAACAGAUUCCUUGACUUGCUGGUGAAGAAAUUAAAAUCAUUUGAUUACCACCAGUUUGUAGAUGAAACCAAUAACAAAAUUCGAGAAGUGACUCACAAAAUAAACCAUGCAAUUCAGGCUCUGGAACUAGCCCAGAAAGCAGAAGCACUGAAACUGUUUGUGGAAGAUGUCAAGGCAAUGGUCUUGGACUGUCUGGAAAAGCUAAAGGACACUAAAGUAACCUUAGCCAUUGACUGGUUACAGGAUGCUUUAAAUUCCGUAUCUUUGAUUCAUGUGAAAGCUAAAUUCGUAGAGACCCUGGAAGACAUACGAGACCGAGUUUAUCAAAUGGACAUGCAGCAGGAACUAAUGAGGUACUUGUCUCUAACAAGCCAAGCUUACAGUACUCUUGUCACCUACAUUUCUGACUGGUGGAGGCUUGCUGCUAAGAACCUUACUGACUUGGCAGAGCAGUAUUCCAUCCAAGACUGGGCUGAAAACUUGAAAGCCUUGGUGGAACAGGGGUUCACUGUUCCUGAAAUCCAGACCCCCCUGGGGACGAUGCCUGCCUUUGAGGUCAGUCUCCGUGCCCUGCAGGAAGCUACCUUCCACACUCCUGAAUUCAUAGUUCCGUUCACAGAUUUGAGGAUUCCAUCUGUUCAAAUAAAUUUCAAAGAGCUGAAAGACAUAAAAGUCCCUUCCAGGUUUUCUACACCAGAAUUCACAAUACUCAACACCUUCCACAUCCCUUCAUUUACAAUUGACUUAGCAGAGAUAAAAGUGAAGAUCAUCAGAACCAUUGAUCAAAUGCUGACCAGUGAGCUGCAGUGGCCAAUUCCAGAAGUAUAUCUGAAGGAUCUGAAACUGGACUCAAUUCUUGCUGGAAUCACUCUGCCAGAUUUCCAUUUACCAGAAAUCACAGUUCCAGAAUUCACACUGCCAAAUCUCAGCCUUAAAGAUCUUCAAGUUCCUGACCUUCACAUUCCAGAAUUCAAGCUUCCCCACUUCUCAAACACCAUCAAAGUGCCUACUUUUGGCAAGCUAUAUAGUGGCUUGAAAAUCCAGUCUCCACUUCUCACAUUAGAUGCAAAUGCUGACAUAAAAAAUGGAACUGCUUCAGCAGAAAAAGCAGUGUUCACAGCUUCAGUUGCUGCUAAAGGAGAAUCCAGAUUAGAAGUCCUCAAUUUCGAUUUUCAAGCAAAUGCACAACUCUCUGACUCUAAGAUUAAUCCUCGGGUUCUAAAGGAAUCCAUGAAGUUCUCCAGCAAGUACCUGAGAACACAACAUGAGAGUGAACUGCUAAUUUUUGGAAAUGCUAUUGAGGGAAAGUCAGACACAAUGGCAAGUCUGCACACAGAAGGAAAUACACUGGAGCUUCACAAUGCUGUGAUAGUCAAGAUGAAUACUCAGCUUGCUCUGGAGAGCAGCACAAACUACUCCCAUACACUGAGCAUCCCUAAUCUGGACUUCUCUAGUCAGGCUGACCUGCGGAAUGAGAUCAAGACACUCUUGGAAGCUGGAUACAUGACCUGGACUUCUUCUGGAACAGGCACAUGGAAAUGGGCCUGCCCCAAAUUCUCAGAUGAGGGAACACAUGAAUCACAAAUCAGCUUCACCAUGACAGGACCCAUCACUUCCUUUGGAUUGUCCAAUAAGAUUAACAGCAAAUUACUAAAAGUAAACCAAAAUGUGGCUUAUAAUUCUGGCCUUUUCAACUUCUCUAAAUUUGAAAUUCAGUCACAAAUUGAAUCUCAGUAUUUGGGCCACAGCAUUUUAACCGCCAAAGGCACAGCACUGCUUGAAGAAGGGAAGGCAGAGAUGAGUGGCAACCAUGUUGCUCAUUUAAAUGGAAAAGUCAGCGGAAUUUUGAAGAAUUCUCUCUCUAUUUUAGCACAGCCAUUUGAGAUUACUGCAUCCAUGAACAAUGAAGGGAAUUUGAAAGUCGGUUUUCCAUUAAAAUUAACAGGUAAAAUAGACUUCCUGAAUAACUAUGCACUGCUUCUGAGUGCUCAUGCCCAGCAAGCAAGCUGGCAGGCAAGUGCCAGGUUCAACCAAUAUAAAUACAAUCAUAAUUUCUCUGCUGGAAACAAUGAGAACAGCCUUGAGGUCUACAUAGGAAUAAAUGGAGAUGCCAAUCUGGAUUUCUUAAAUAUUCCUUUAACAAUUCCUGAAAUGAAUAUACCUUAUACAACACUUACUACUCCCCCGCUGAGAGAUUACUCCUUAUGGGAACAAACAGGCUUGAAGGAAUUCUUGAAAACAACAAAGCAAUCAUUCGACUUAAGUGUAAAGGCUAAAUAUAAGAAAAACAAGGAGAAGCACUCCAUUGCAAUUCCGUUGGGUGCAUUUUACAAGUUUAUCAGUCAGAACAUCAAUUCCUUUGGCAGGCAUAUAGAGAACAGCGGAAAUGAUGCAUUAGAUUUUCUCACCAGAUCCUAUAAUGAAACAAAACUUAAGUUUGAUAAGUAUAAAGUGGAAAACUCUCUCAACAGAGUCCCCAGGACCUUCCAAACUCCUGGAUACACCAUUCCAAUUGUCAACAUAGAAGUAUCACCAUUCAUAGUACAGAUGUCAGCAUUCAGCCAUCUGAUCCCACAGGCCAUCAGCACCUCCAAGAUCACCAUCCUGGACUUGGGUUUCAAUGUGCCUUCGUAUACUUUGACCCUGCCAUCCAUAGAGCUGCCAGUCCUUCAUAUCCCCAGGAAUCUACUCAAGAUUUCUCUUCCAGAUUUUGAGGAAUUGAAGACCAUUAACAACAUUUUUAUUCCAGCCAUGGGCAAUAUUACCUAUGAUUUUUCUUUUAAAUCAACAGUUAUUACAUUGAAUACCAAUGCUGGACUUUAUAACCAAUCAGACAUUGUUGCUCAUUUCCUUUCCUCUUCUUCCUCCGUCAUUGAGGCAUUACAGUACAAGUUAGAGGGCACGUCAAGUUUGACAAGAAAAAGAGGGUUGAAGUUAGCCACAGCUCUGUCUCUGAAUAACAAAUUUCUGGGAGGCACUCAUGACAGUACUAUCAGCUUAACCAAGAAAAGCAUGGAUGUCUCACUGGCAACAUCUGCAGAUGUCCACAUUCCCAUUUUGAGGAUGAAUUUCAAGCAAGAACUCAUUGGAAACACCAAAUCAAAACCUACUGUCUCUUCAUCCAUUGAAUUAAAGUAUGAUUUCAAUUCCACAAAACUCCACUCUACUGCUAAAGGGGCAGUGAAGCACAAACUCAACCUAGAAAGCCUCACCUCUUACUUUUCCAUUGAGUCAUCUACUGGUGGAGAUAUCAAGGGCUCAGUCUUUUCACGGGAAUAUUCAGGAACUGUUGCCAGUGAGGCCAGCGCUUAUUUAAAUCCCAAGGGCACCCGGUCUUCAGUGAAACUUCAAGGGGCUUCCAGAUUGGAUGAUAUCUGGAACCUUGAAGUAAAAGAGAAUUUUGCUGGAGAAGCCACUUUCCAACGCAUCUAUGCCAUGUGGGAACACAAUGCCAAAAACAGUUUACAGCUAGAGUAUUUCUUUUAUACACACGGAGAACAAACGAGCAAAGCCACCUUAGAACUCUCACCAUGGACAAUGUCAGCUCUUGUUCAGGUCCGAGGAAAUCAGCCCAACCAUCUCCUUGAUAUCCCUUACUUUGGCCAGGAUGUGGCCCUGAAUGCUAAUUUUAAGAAUCAACAGCUCAAUUGGAAAAGUGAGGUCCAGUUUAAUUUGGGCUCUCUUCAAAACAAAGUACAGCUUUCCAACAACCCAGAAGAGGCACGUCUUGACAUUGCAGGGUCAUUAGAAGGACACUUAGCAUUCCUCAAAAAUUUCAUCCUGCCAGUUUAUGACAAGAGUUUAUGGGACCUCAUGAAGCUGGAUGUAACCACUAGUACCAACAGAAGACAAUAUCUUCGUGCCUCAACUGCCCUUGUAUACACCAAGAACCCCAAUGGCUAUGUUUUCUCUCUUCCUGUGCAAGAAUUGGCAGAUAAAUUCAUCAUCCCUUGGCUGAAACUAAAUGAUCUAAACUCAGUUCUUAUCUAUAAGAAGAUUAGUACUUCACCAUUUGCCCUCAACCUACCAAUAUUACCCAGCAUGAAAUUAUCUGAAGUUGAUGUGUUAACAAAUUAUUCUGGACCACAAGAUGCCUCAGUUCCCUUUUUUGAGAUAACUGUUCCUGAAUUUCAGGUAACUGUGUCCCAGCUCACUUUUCCAAACAGUAUUCCAGUUGGCAGCACUGUUUUGAAUUUAAAUGAGGUAGUCAACAAGAUUGCAGAGUUUGAGCUACCUUCCAUCACCGUGCCUGAGCAGACUAUUCAGAUUCCUUCCACCAAAUUGUCUGUACCUGCUGGAAUUUUCAUUCCUUUCUUUGGCACACUGACUACACAAUUUGGGUUGGCCUCUCCCCUGUAUAAUGCCACUUGGAGUGCUGGUUUGAAAAACAAGGAAGACCAUGUUGAAACAUUCCUGGACUCCACAUGCAGUUCAACCAUCCAGUUCCUGGAAUAUGACCUCAAUGUUGUGGGAACACACAAAAUGGAAGAUGGAGUGUUCAUCUGUGAGACCAAAGGAACAUUUGCACAUCGUGACUUCAGUGCAGAGUACAAAGAAGGAAUCAAGUACAAAGGACUUUGGGACUGGGAAGGAGAGAGUCGCCUAGAUGUCACUAGCCCAUCACUCACUGAUUUCCACAUGUACUACCAAAGAGAUGGCAAAACCCUCUCCUUCUGGGAAGCCUCUCCAGCCGUUGGCACCAUAGGCAUGGAUUUGGUAAAUGGUGAAGAUAGUUUGAAGUGGAACUUCUACUUCCUCCCUCAGUCUUCUCCAGAUAAAAAACUCAACAUAUUAAAAACUGAGCUUAAGUAUAAACAAGUUGAUAGAGAAAUACAGCUCGAAGCUCACUGGGAAAAAGAGGCUGCCUCCAGAUUGAUAGGCUAUCUACAAGACAAUGUGCCCAAAGCCAUGACGGCCUUUCAUGAUUAUGUCAACAAGUACCAUCAGGAGCACACAGGACUCAGCCUGAGAGAUGCUUCUUUAAGGCUUCGGAGAAGUCUGCACAACAGUGCUGAGCAGGCUUAUCAAGAGGCUAUGAGACAGACUGAUGAGAUGCACGUGAGGUUGCAGAGGGCCGCCAGCAGCACCACGAGAACUUACCAGGAAUGGCAGGACAAGGCUCAGACUCUGUACCAGGAGCUCCUGGCUCAGGAAGGCCAAAUGACUUUCCAGAGUCUCAAGGAGAAGGUGGUUGACAGCUUAGUAUGGGUUUUUCAGGAAUACCACAAGGCAGCCAAGCAUCUGACUGACUCAUUCUUUGAUUUCUUUAAGUUCACCACAUUCCAACUGCCAAGGAAAGCAGGGAUGUAUACCAAAGAUGAACUCUACACUAUGGUCUUGAGAAAACUAGGAAAAGUACUGUCCCAGAUGCAGUCUGGCAUCCAUACUGGGUUAGAAAUGCUGUUGUCCUAUACCCAAGACCUAGUGGAGAGAUCGGAAUUAACCAAGGAUCUAAUUAUUAGAUAUCCCUUUGAUUCAGAGGGUUAUAAACUAACAGAUCUAAUCCUGACAUGUAGACAAGUUUUGGAAUAUUUAUCACAAGAAAUCCAAAAGGCAUUUCAUAAACUCCAGUCUGCCACAUUUACAGAGAUACUAAAUUAUGUUCAAGACAUUUUAGAAGCUGGCUUCCAAAAUACAGAAGAAGAAAUGAAACAUUUAAAGGAUGUGAAAUUUCAUGAAAUCAACAUGGUCGUCCAAAAUGUUAUUAAAAAUGGUGAAUAUUUGAAGGAGAAUCUAUACCUUAACCUCAGUAAAUUCAAUGAGUUUGUUCAAAACAAACUUAAGGUAGCUUAUCAAGAGUUACAGAAGUUCCAACAGUAAUAUUUUGAUCCAAGUCUAGCUGGCUGGACAGUGAACUAUUAUGAACUUGAAGAAAAGAUUAUCAAUGUGAUCCACAGUCUAGUAGCUGCCCUUAAGGACUUGCAUUCCAAAUUUACCGUCAGUGCUGCUGGCUUUGCUUCCCAGCUCUCAAGUCAAGUUGAGCAAUUUAUGCGCAGAGAUAUCCAGGAAUAUCUCAGCAUCCUUACUGAUGCAGAUGGAAAAGGGAAAGAGAAGAUUGCAGAGCUUUCUUCUGUCACUCAGGAAAUAAUUAAAAACUGGGGCACUGCGAUGAAGGAAAUCAUUUCUGAUUACCACCAGCAGUUCAGAUAUAAACUACAAGAUUUUUCAGACCUGCUCUCUAAUUAUCCUGAAAACUUCAUUGCCAAGUCCAAAAGAUUGAUUAACCAGUCCAUUCAAAGCUGCCACAUGUUUCUGAGUUAUAUUGUUGAGUUACUGAUGAAGCUGCCAUCAGCUAUAGGCAGUGAAAUGAGCCCCCACAUAAAGCUUGCUCCAGAAGAACUCACUAUCAACUUCAGUGUUUAAAGGCGCCCUCAUGUAUUCUUCUCUUCCAAUUAAACUUUCACUUAGUAGGGAAAAAUUCAAACUGUAUGCAUUGAUAAAACCAUACAACGAGCCAGCCCUAUGGUAGGCAGCUGACUGCAAGCAAAAACGCAUAUGGAUAGUACACUCACUGCUUCCAUUGGAGAUCUAAAGACCUUUGAACUCUGGGGAAAUAACCUGGUUUUUUUUUUUACAAGUUAACAAACAUAAAUGUGCGUAUUGUUUUGCCAAAUUUGGGGGUUAGAGGGAACAAAUAAAUGGAUUCUUUGUUAUGUAUCA